GCUCUUCUCCUAUUUUUUUUGUUCUCAAAUUGUUUAUUUUCUCUUAUUAGGUCAUAUUUUGAAAUGCAUUUCUUUAAUAUGAUUACUUAAAAUUAGUAUUAUUAAUAUUUUAAUUUGUAGAUGCAUAGGGAAUCAACCACCUAUUUUACUAGGUUAAGUGAAUUAAUUUAUUCAUCUUUUUUUUUUUUUUUUUACAAUAAAGGGAUGCUCCAAAAUUUCAGUAAUCAAAUUUAUAAUUCAAAAUUUUCACUUUCUCUAUUUAUUCCAUUUUUUGAAUAAUUUUCUUUUUAUUUGUUUUUUAAUAAUAGUAUAUUAGUAUUAUACUUUGUAGAUGGAUAAGGAACAAAGUGAAGAUAAUUUCUUAGAAGAUGACAUGGAUGAUGCAUGUUAUGAUAUGUCAAUAGCCGAUACAAAUGAUAGUUUAGAGUUUGAGAAUAUGUUGAAACAUAUAAUGGACACUUGGCAACGACAACGAGUAGAGGCCAUAGUUCAGCUAUUGCGUUAUGUUGUGAAUCUCUUAUGGUUAUUGGACAUCCAAGCAAUGGUUAUUGCCAAACCCUUAAGUAGUCUAAAAGUAGAAAGAGAUGCAUUACAAAAUAAGCUAAUGAGUGAGCUCACUACAAAUGAAGUCAUUUGUUGUGAUAUUGUACGUAUGGGUCCAGUUGCAUUUGCUGAAUUUUGUGGAAAGAUCAGAGCUACUGGCUUGCUUAAAGACUUUAGACAUUCUACAGUGGAAGAGCAAUUAGCUAAGUUCUUGCAUAUUUUAGGCCAAAACUUUAAAAAUAGCGUAUUGGGAUUUUAUUUCCAUCGCUCAGGUGAGACAAUAAGUCGUCAUUUCCAUAAUGUCUUAAGAGCAGUAGUGGCACUAGAAGCUGAGUUUCUUAGCCUACCAAAUGAAACUGAAGUUCCCCCUCAAAUUUUGAAUAAUAAUAGAUUCUAUCUGUACUUCAAGGAUUGUGUUGGUCCAUUAGAUGGAACACAUAUUCAAGUUAAAGUGCCUAAAAAACAUGCCCCUAGAUUUCGAGGGAGAAAAGAAUGGCCUAUACAAAAUGUAUUAGUAGCAUGUUCUUUGGAUAUGAAAUUCACUUAUGUGUUGCCUGGUUGGGAAGGAAUUGCCUCUGACUCAAGAAUCCUAAAAAAUGGGCUGGUUAGGGAAGAUAAACUUGUAAUUCCUCAAGGUAUGUGCAAUUGAAUAUGAACAACUUCUACAUUUAAAUAUAUUAUAAGACAACACGUCAUAUUUUCCCCCUUUGUUAGGAAAAUUUUAUCUCGUGGAUGUUGGAUUACCAUUGAGGAGUCGAUUACUUGCACCAUAUAGGGGUGUUCGUUAUCAUUUGAAUAAAUACUCCAGACGUGGACCUCAAAAUGCCAAAGAAUUAUUUAACCAUCAUCAUGCAUCACUCCGUAAUGUCAUUGAGAGAGUUUUUGGUAUUUUAAAGAAAAGGUUUCCAAUU